AUGGCUCUUACUAGAAAGACUUGUCUUGUCACUGGCUGCUCCGCCGGCGGAGUUGGUCCAGCUUUCGCAGAGGCCUUCAAGAACAAAGGCUAUCAUGUCUUUGCAACAGCGCGCACACCCUCCAAAGUACCACAAAGCCUACACGACGCACCUAAUGUUACUGUCAUUGCGCUUGACGUGACAUCCAUGGAAUCCAUCUCAUCUGCUCUGGAGGAAGUUCGAAAGCACACAGAGAAACUCGACGUUCUUAUUAACAAUGCUGGCCUCGGCUUGAACAUGCCAGGUCUGGAUACCUCCAUUGAUGAAGCCAAGAAGCUAUUUGACCUCAACUUCUUUGGUGUCCUUGCCAUGAUGCAAGCUUUUAGCCCCAUGUUAGUUGCAGCUCGGGGCUGCGUGGUCAACAAUUCCUCUGUCGGUGGUGUUGUUCCAUUUGCUUUCUCAAGCAUCUAUAACGCUACCAAAGCAGCCCUGAUUCAAGCAGGCGAGACUUGGCGUCUUGAAAUGGCUCCUCUUGGAGUUCGCGUCAUCUCACUCAUUACGGGCGGCAUUGCAACAAAAUUCUUCAUCAACUUACAAAUUUUGACCUUCCCAGAAAACUCAUACUAUCAUUCCGUCAAGGACAUCAUCGAAGAAAUUCCAGAAGAGAACCCCUAUGGUAUGAAACCGGAGCUAUUUGCUCAAGAUGUUUUGAACCAGGUUGAGAAGGGAACCACUGGCAAGCAUUGGGUUGGAGGCGGCGCCAGUCUUGUGCGUUGGGCUCUAUGGCUUCUGCCUCAGGGUGCUAUUGUAAGAAUUUCACUGUAA